UGACAUCCAAGAUGGCGCUUUCUAUGUGAACGGGUGGAGUGUGUUGGUCAUUUUUUGUUUAGUUUGGGUAGUUUACUGAACAGAAUGGUUAUGGGAAAAUGACAGGCUUGAAUUUAUGACUUCAGAUGUUCCAUGCAGGCUAUUCAGCGAUAUUCUCUGCUACUCGCCGUAGGAAUUUUACUAAUAAUUCUAUACUAUGGCUUGAAUACAAAUUUUAAAAAUGGAGGAAAGACACGGUCGUUGUUUACCCUUCGAAGGGAAAAUCUCAGAUCGUUCACAGAUUCUGAAGACCACAGUUUUGCCGAAGACCUGCACAUGUCCCCAAAACAUCGGCGCGAAAGAGCGUCAGAGUCGAAGAAGAGACAAAAAUGUCGUAUGGAGUCGUGUUUCGAUCUGUCGCGUUGUCGGAAAGGUUUCAAAGUAUACCUGUAUCCGUUGGAGGAAAGGGUAUCGGAAACGUAUAGCAAACUUGUUUCAGCUAUCCAAGACUCGAGAUACUAUACCACCGACCCGUACGAAGCAUGUGUGUUUGUAUUGUCAAUAGAUACAGUAGAUAGAGAUGUACUUAGCCAGGAUUAUUCUAAAAACAUUCAAACUAGGAUUGAACAAUUGGAGCACUGGAAUAAUGGAAAAAAUCAUGUCAUUUUCAACCUUUAUUCAGGAACUUGGCCAGAUUAUACAGAAAAUUUGGAUUUUGAUAUCGGUGAGGCGAUGUUGGCGAAAGCCAGUAUGUCCAUUCAUAAGUUUCGUAAUGGUUUUGAUAUUUCUUUCCCUCUUAUUGGUAAAGACCACCCGCAAAAGGGAGGAGAGAGGGGCCAUGUGUAUUUAUCAUCAAACAACAUUCCUCCAUUUCGUCACUACUUGUUAGGAUUUAAAGGAAAACGUUAUUUAACGGGGAUCGGUUCGGAAACAAGAAAUUCUUUAUAUCAUAUUCAUAAUGGGGAGGAUAUUGUGUUAUUGACAACGUGUCGACACGGAAAGAGUUGGCAGAAGAAGGCGAUAGAAUUGAACGACACCAGAUGCGAGACUGACAACAUCGAAUAUGACAGAACUGAUUAUAAGAAGCUGUUAUACAACGCUACAUUUUCACUUGUGCCAAGAGGGAGGCGGUUAGGCUCCUACCGGUUUUUGGAAGCCCUGCAGGCAGGGAGCAUUCCAUUUUUGCUUAGCAAUGGUUGGGAGUUGCCCUUCUCUGAAGUGAUUGAUUGGAAAAAGGCUGUAAUAUGGGGAGACGAAAGACUUUUGCUACAGGUCCCCUCUAUUGUACGAUCAGCCAAACAGCCAGACAUCUUACAGUUACGUCAGCAGACACAGUUCCUGUGGGAAACCUACUUCUCUUCUGUAGAGAAAAUUGUAUCAACAACACUGGAGAUCCUGAAGGACCGUGUGAGCCCCCAACCCCGAUCUCCAUUGUUGUGGAAUAACUUCCCGGGUGCACUUGCGUUACUGUCGGAGUAUUCGGAUACCCUCCACCAGUACCCGUUCUUCUACGGUCCCUUGGCCCAUAAACCAGGCAACCAGUUCACAGCUGUCAUUUAUGCAACCUCCCGCGUCCAUCUGUCAUCCAGCCCGCUGUUUCGGCUUAUCAGGACCAUCGCUAAGUCAUCCAAUGUGCAAAAGAUGAUUGUGCUGUGGCACUGUGACGCUCCACCACCACAGACGAACAGGUGGCCCGGGGAUCUCGGACACAUCUCCGUCAUUGUUAAGACCAGAAAUAUUACGUCAAUCAGUAACCGUUUUCAUCCAUAUCCUGAAAUAACAACUGAUGCUGUGUUUGGCUUUGAUGAAGAUAGCCUUUUGACCACGGACGAGAUUGACUUCGCAUUUAGUGUGUGGAAGGAGUUCCCGGAGCGAAUUGUUGGCUACCCAGCGCGUGGUCAUUACUGGGACAGCGCACAGAACCGCUGGAGUUACUCAUCAAAGUGGACUAAUGAAUAUUCAAUGAUUCUUACUGGUGCUGCUAUUUAUCAUAGGUAUUAUAAUUUUUUGUACACAAAUUUUUUAAGUAGUGCUUUUACGGAUAUUGUGGACCAAUCACAAAACUGUGAGGAUAUUCUCCUCAACUUCCUAGUCAGUCAUGUGACCAAACUUCCACCAAUCAAAGUGACCCAUCGGAAGGUCUACAAAGAGUCGAUGCUGGCCAGUAGUUCUAAAUCUUCAUCUUGGCUUCAGAUGGACCACUUCACACAGCGCAAGUUCUGUGUAGAUAACUUUGUGAAGUUAUUCGGAUACAUGCCGCUGUUGAGGUCCAAGGCACGAAUGGACCCCCUGUUGUUCAAGGAUCCCGUGUCAAACUUACGUAAAAAAUACCGACAAAUUGAAGUUGUAUGAUAAACCUUUGUUAGGCUGAGACCGGAGAUACUUACUGAUAUCAAAAGAUGAAAAUUUUAAUUCUAUUUUUGAAUAACACGAAAGUUUCCUAGUUCAAACAAACUUUAUCUUCAAUGCCUUUGAACUUUAAUUUGAAGCUCGCUCUUUAAGUUAAAAGGCAUAAAAACCUUCUCUCAUUUCUCUACAAUACACUCUGGUGUUGUAUCUGAUUACACUACAUCAUGGUCUAGGUUUGAUGACCUUUCAUUCAUUAUCCAGAUAUAUAUAGAUAUGUAUGUUUAAAUACUUGGUAAAUCAUCAACAAGACAAAGACAAAUACAGUUUAUCAUAUCUAAUGUUCUCAAGCUUUGUGACCAUCUUUAGGGGCCUAGGGUGGUGGCUGAGUUGUUAAGGCGUCUGACCAUUUAUGAUCACAAGCCCUCCAGCACUGAGUCAUUGUGUAAAGGCCUACGUGGGGCAGUCGUCCGGUAAUGGCCGCAGGUCGGUGUUUUUUCUCCAGGUACUCUGGGAGGGCUAUCGUCUUCCACCAAAACCUGGCAUGUCCUUAAUGACCAUAGCUUUAAAUCGGACAUAAGACACAAACAAACGGAAGCCGUCUUUAGGCCAUUACUUGCCUAGUUUACAGCAUUAUGAUGUAAUAUAAUCAAUAAUGUAAGGGGAGAUAAUGACAUUAUCCAAAUUCUAGGCUUAACCCUUUCACCACUGAAGACCAUAAUGGACUCAUCCAGAUCAAUGCAUGGUAGGGUUUACUGAAGUUACAUAGGGGUGAAAGGGUUAACAACAUUGAAUUUUUAUCCAUUAAGCCUCAGUUUGAACAAACAUGUCCUCUUUGAAAUAGUCUUUUUAUGAUAUUUGAAUCGUUUAUUUCGUGGAAGGGAUAAACCUUGAAUAAUCCCUUGCCAUGGGUAUACUGCAUAGAAUCAAAAACUGAACAUUAAGUAAAGUUUAUUGAUUGGCCUGAGUGAAAGGUUACCAGAACUUGACCCCACAUGUAGUGUUAUAAGAUCUGGAGUGUCUUUUUAGAUAUAGUUUUGAUGUUUGAGAUACAUUAGAGUGGCUACCUCUAGUCUCUGCCUAAUCUCACCUUACAUGACCUAACCAAUUUGCAUAUGUGAUGUAUCCUAAGCUAUUGCAGGUGUUUUAAUUAAAAUGAACUUUCAUGAAUAUAUAUGUGUAUACAAUUGCUUAUAUAUGUGAUACUGUACGGCCUUGUGGAGCGAUGUUGACCUGUAUAUGCCACCAAGCGACAUUGAAGAGUGAGUGGCUAGCUACCCAUAUACUUGUAUGUGAUAUUGUACAGCCUUCUGGAGUGUGUGACUGUGGCUAGCUAGACUUGUAUAACUGUGUGUGAUACUGUGUGAC